AUGUCAAAGAGAGCUGCGGAUGCUGCCGACGAGCAGUCGGCCGCCCUCAAGGCCGGCGAGCGCCCAAUGGUCGACGCUCCCGCCGACGAAGUGGGGGAGUUUGAAGACGAGUUCGAGGAUGAGUUCGAGAGCGAGGAUGAAAUUCUCGAGGCCGGUGUGGACGGUCGCCCUGACGCUGAGCGUGAGGAGGAAGAGAGAGAGGCCAUGGACGUUGACAAGCAGACUUUCAUUCCUGGACGGACGAAAUUGGCGCCCGGAGAGACUCUGUCGCCCGAUCCCUCGACCUACGAUAUGCUGCACACUCUGAGCACACCCUGGCCUUGUCUGUCCUUUGACAUUGUGCGCGACACGCUGGGCGAUAACCGAAAGACUUUCCCCGCAACCGUCUAUGCCGUUGCUGGUACCCAGGCCGAGGGUUCUCGCGCCAAGGAUAACGAGCUGAUGGUGCUCAAGAUGAGCGGCCUGAGCAAGAUGGAGCGGGAGGGUGAGGACUCGGACGAGGAGUCGGACUCGGAUGACGAUAUGGGCGAACCCAUCCUCGAGCACAAGUCGAUUCCCCUCGGCUCAACAACCAACCGCAUUCGCUGCCAUCAGACUCCUUCCCAGUCGGCCGAUUACUCGAAACCUCCUCAAACGCUGACUGCGACUAUGCUCGAGAACUCGCAAGUUCUCAUCCACGACGUUACCGCCCACCUCGCCAGCUUCGAUGUUCCUGGCACCGUCCUUCCUCCCUCCGCUUCCAAGCCCCUCUCUACUCUCCGCAUGCACAAGUCUGAAGGUUAUGCUCUGGACUGGUCUCCGCUUCAGCCUCUGGGUAAGCUGUUGACCGGUGAUAAUGACGGUCUGAUUUACGUGACCACCCGUACCGAGGGCGGCGGCUGGGUGACCGACACUCGGCCUUUCACUGGCCACCAGUCUUCCGUGGAGGAGCUGCAGUGGUCGCCGAACGAGAAGAACGUGUUUGCCUCUGCCAGCAGCGAUGGCAGUGUCAAGGUCUGGGACGUGCGAUCCAAGUCUCGCAAGCCCGCUGUGGACGUGCACAUUUCCAACACCGACGUCAACGUUAUGAGCUGGUCGAACCAGACAUUCCACCUUUUGGCAACUGGUGCCGAUGACGGCCAGUGGGCCGUCUGGGAUUUGCGUCACUGGAAGCCCAACGACGCUGGUCGCAUUCGCGCCUCUCCCGUCGCAUCCUUCGAUUUCCACAAGGAGCCCAUCACCAGCAUUGAGUGGCACCCAUCUGACGACAGUGUGGUGGCUGUUGGAUCUGCUGACAACACUGUCACUCUAUGGGAUCUGGCUGUCGAGUUGGAUGACGAGGAGAGCCGCCAGGCAGGCAUGGCCGAUAUUCCUCCCCAGCUUCUCUUCGUGCACUAUAUGGAGUCUGUCAAGGAGGUGCACUGGCAAGCGCAGAUGCCAGGUACGCUGAUGGCGACCGGUGGCAACGGAUUCAGUGUCUUCAAGACCAUCAGUGUCUAG